AUGACUUCGAGACCAGGAGACUGUGUUCUAUGUGGAGGGUACCCUGACACAUUCACGCCCCCUCUCCAGCUCCAGUUGCCCAACUUCAAGGGCUGUAUUGAGCUGGAGACCCUGAAUGAGGAGGUGCUCAGUCUCUAUAACUUUGAGAACAUCUUCCAACUCAACACCACCGAGGAGAAACCAUGUGGAAGAACGAAGCCGGUGUUGACCCAGCAGUGGGUGAACGACGCGGCCUACUUUGACGGGACGGGCUACGCCGAGGUCACCUUGAAGGAGGAUACGGGGAAGAUGCAGCGCUUUGAACAGGAAGUUAAACUGAUGAGUCACAACGGCAUCUUGCUCAUGCUCCUCAGCCAGGAGAAGUUCCUGAGCUUGGCGGUGCGUCAGGGACGUCUCAGGGUCUUCUAUGACGUCACUGGUUCACUACAGGAGCUGGAGCCUAAAGAUCCAGACUCCCCUUACCUCAAGAUCAACGACGCUGAACCCAAAUCUUUGGAGAUCAUCCUCCUCUACGAUACGACCACGCGUGUUGUGGUGAGGAACAACCGCCAAACCCUGCUCAACUACGUCUUCACUACGCCUCUGCCGCGCUUCGAAGCCAGCUACUACCUGGCUGGUGUACCAGAGGACAAGAUGCCUCAAAGCCUGAAGGCCCUUUUCCCUCGCCAGGGCUCUCUGAAGGGCUGUUUUAGGAACAUCAAGGCCAUGAAUUCACACAUCGACCUGAAGAGGAUGCCCAGCUCUGGGGUCAGCUACGGCUGUGCCAAUGACCUACUGGUGGCCCGUGAGGCCCACUUCUCAGGCCAGAGUUACCUGGACUUGUCUCCAGACAGCAUCCCUGGUCUCAGGAACAACUUCUACGCCGGGUUUGGCUUCCGCUCUGACCAGAAGAACGGACUCAUGUUCUACCACCAAGCUCAGGACGGAGUGUGUCAGGUGUUCCUAGAUAAGGGCCAUGUGGUAGUGAGGGCGGGCAACAGCGAGGUGAAGACUCAAAAGACCUACAACGAUGACAACGAUCAUUACGUAACUCUGUACAGCAACAACAACAGGUUGCGUGUCUAUGUGGAUGACGUCCUGGAGAAAAAUGGGGAUACGGGUCGUGGAGGGGGCAGCAGCGAGGCAGCACUGUCAGCUGGCGGUGUCUACCUGGGAGGGACACCUGACAACACCCUCAACAACCUCACCGGCUGUCUUAGCAACCUGUUCAUCAAGAGAGACAAGCCUUCUCAGAUGGUGAUGAAUCUGAUGAAUGCUAAGGAGAACGUCGACGCUCCUCUAGACUGUCCUGCUGCCAAUAAACCACAACAGAUCCUGGCCACACCACCACGACAAAAGCAUGUUAAGGAUAAACACAGGAAGCCGGCGGGUGGCGGGGGUCAGGGGGACCUAGCCAAUCAGGAGGAGGUUGGAGCUCUGCACUUCAGUGGCUCCUCCCAUAGCCACCAGCGCUACGACAGGCUACCAGAGGUCUUCAGCAGGACGCCUCACAUCUCCAUGGGUCUACGUGUGAACUCUUCAGAAGGCCUGGUGUUCUGUGUGUCUGGAUCAGGAGAACGACGUAGCAGAUCUGUGAUGACCCUGUCGGUCUCCGACGGACACCUGCUGCUCCUCAUCAACGGAGGGAAGAGGAAGACUAGCAUCCGCUCGCGCAGGAAGUACAACGAUGGACAGUGGCACACGGUGUUUGUGAAGAGGGAGGGAGAGAAGGCCAGUUUGAUUGUUGAUGGGAUCAAUACCCAGUCUAAGAGGGUCUCGGGAGGGGAGAAAACACCCUUCAGUUCCCCUCUCUACAUCGGAGGAGUUCCCUCAGCAGUCGCCAGCUCACUUCUCACGGUGCCAGGUCCUGGAGGGUUUGUGGGCUGUGUGAGGGACCUGGAGCUGAAUGAGGAGAGCAUAGACAAUCCCUCCACAAGCCUGGGGGUUGUUCCUUGCUUCCAGACCACUCUGCAGCCUGGGGCAUACUUCUCCUCCCAUGGAGGACACAUGGCUAUAGAUGAAGGCCUGGUGUUAGGGCGGGACCUAGAGGUCCAGCUGGAGGUACGGCUGGUGUCUGACUCUGGUCUCCUGCUGCAUGCUGGGUCUGGACAACAGCUCAGUCUCUACCUCAACCAGGGAGAGGUGACAGUCACAGUGAACAGUGGUCGCGGAAACGUCUUCUCCACCUCUUUCACACCAGAGGAAUCCCUGUGUGACGGACGCUGGCACAGUAUCACAGUCAUGAAGAAGAGCAGCGUGCUGCAGCUCCAUGUGGAUGCAGCCAGUGAACACAGUGUGGGGCCCAAGAAGGGCCGAUCCUCAGGGGCCAAGGAGACUGUGUACCUGGGGGGAGUACCAGAUGGCGUUGAUGUGCCGGGCCUCCCCGCUGCCCUGCCCUCCUUCCAUGGUUGUGUUCGGAGAGCCGUCCUGAACCAGCGACCAGCCGUGCUGUCUAAACCCCUGUUAGUACACGGAGCUGUGGGCACACAGGGCUGUCCAGCCAUGUAGACCUCUUUUAGCCCUGUUCCCCCCGGUUUAGCCCUGUUACCUCUGGUUUAGCCCCGUUACCGCUGGUUUAGCCCUGUUUCCCCUGGUUUAUCCCUGUUACACCCGGUUUAGCCCUGUUACACACGGUUUAACCCUGUUACACCUGGUUUAGCCCUGUUACACCUGGUUUAGCCCUGUUACACCCGGUUACCCCUGGUUUAGCCCUGUUACCCCUGGUUUAGCCCUGUUACACCCGGUUUUGCCCUGUUCCCCCUGGUUUAGCCCUGUUCCUCCUGGUUUAGCCCUGUUACCCCUGGUUUAGCCCUGUUACACCCGGUUUAGCCCUGUUACCACUUGUUUAACCCUGUUCCCCCUGGUUUAGCCCUGUUACCCCUUGUUUAGCCCUGUUACCCCUGUUCCCCCUGGUUUAGCCCUGUUCCCCCUGGUUUAGCCCUGUUCCCCCUGGUUUAGCCCUGUUACCCCUGGUUUAGCCCUGUUCCCCCUGGUUUAGCCCUGUUACCCCUGGUUUAGCCCUGUUACCCCUGGUUUAGCCCUGUUACCCCUGGUUUAACCCUGUUCCCCCUGGUUUAGCCCUGUUACCCCUGGUUUAGCCCUGUUCCCCCUGGUUUAGCCCUUUUACACCCGGUUUUGCCCUGUUACCCCUUGUUUAGCCCUGUUCCUCCUGGUUUAGCCCUGUUACCCCUGGUUUAGCCCUGUUACACCCGGUUUAGCCCUGUUACCCCUUGUUUAACCCUGUUCCCCCUGGUUUAGCCCUGUUCCCCCUGGUUUAGCCCUGUUACCCCUUGUUUAGCCCUGUUACCCCUGUUCCACCUGGUUUAGCCCUGUUCCCCCUGGUUUAGCCCUGUUCCCCCUGGUUUAGCCCUGUUUCCCCUGGUUUAGCCCUGUUUCCCCUGGUUUAGCCCUGUUUCCCUGGUUUAGCCCUGUUCCCCCUGGUUUAGCCCUGUUACCCCUGGUUUAGCCCUGUUACCCCUGGUUUAGCCCUGUUACCCCUGGUUUAGCCCUGUUCCCCCGGUUUAGCCCUGUUCCCCCUGGUUUAGCCCUGUUCCCCCCCCUGGUUUAGCCCUGUUACACCCGGUUUAGCCCUGUUACACCCGGUUUAGCCCUGUUACCCCUGGUUUAGCCCUGUUCUCCCUGGUUUAGCCCUGUUCCCCCUGGUUUAGCCCUGUUCCCCCUGGUUCAGCCCUGUUACACCCGGCUAAUGCAGGGCCAAACUCAAUACGACAACGUUACAAAACGUUGAUACAUUUCUGUCUGCAAACUUUGUGUCUGCAACAAUACACCCGUGGGCCACGUUCAUUAGGAAAAACGUUACGGAGCAAAUAGAAAUGUCAUGAAUAGAGCUGAUGAUGUGAUUCUGUAUUGUACAUGUCCGAGGAAUGUGUGUUCUAUGUCAUAUACACUAAAUAGCCAAAAGUAUGUGGACACCCAUUUAAUUUAGUGGAUUCAGCUAUUUCAGCACACACCCGUUGCUGACAAGGGGAAUAACUUUUCGGCCCUGCUAGAGCUGUUAGCUGUAAGUGCUGUUAUUGUGAAGAGGAAACGUCUAGGAGCAACAAUGUCUCGGCCGCAAAGUGGUAAGCCACACAAGCUCACAGAACGGGACAGCAGAGUGCUGAAGAGCAUAGCCCGUAGAAAUCGUCUGUCCUCGGUUGUAACACUCACUACAGAGUUCCAAACUGCCUCUGGAAGCAACGUCAGCACAAUAACUGUUUGUCGGGAGUUCAUGAAAUGGGUUUCCAUGGCAGAGCAGCUGUACACAAGCGUAAGAUCACUGUGCGCAAUGCCAAGCAUCGGCUGAAGUGGUGUAAAACUCAACGCCAUUGUCUCUGGAACAGUGGAAACGCCUUCUCUGGAGUGAUAAAUCCCGCUUCACCAUCUGGCAGUCCGACUGAUGAAUCUGGGUUAGAAGGAUGCCAAGAGAACGCUACCUGCCAAAAAUGUAUAGUUCCAACUGUAAAGUUUGGAGGCGGUAUAAUGGUCUGGGGCUGUUUUUCAUUGUUCGGGCUAGGCCCCUUAGUUCCAGUGAAGGGAAA